GUGAGCAGCGCCAGGUAGCGGCGCGACGGGAGCAGAAACGGCCGAGGGCGCCCCUUAAGGAACGGGAGCACGUGGGCCUGGGAGAAUGGCGCCGAAAAGCCAGACUCCAAACUGGGGACGAGGGCGGCCGCGGUGCCUGCCAAGAUCCUCAACACCGCCCUGCCCGACUCGCCCGGGAGAGAGCUCCUAAGCCGCACACGCACCUUCCGGGGAGGCGUGCGCGCGCGCGCGCGCGCGCAUGCGGAGGCAAGAACCGGAAGUUCUCCUGAGGACGGGCCUUCCCGCGAAAACCGCCGGCCGGAACUGCCAGGAGGUCCCGCCUCCGGGCGGAACUCCGGGUUGCCGGGCAACCGCGGUGGGAGACGCAGGCUGGCUCAGUGUUCUGUGGGGCAAGCCGAGUGUAGCUCCCACCUCCUGUCCUGGCAACUUCCUUUCCCGGCCGCCUUCCUUCUCGCCGCCUCUCCUUGCGUCGGGGAAUCCCUGCCCUUGGCAAUACGUACACCUCUCCGGCUCCCAAGACCGCUUAGCGCCCACCAGCUUGAAAGCCGGUAUUCACCCGAAGCGGAGCGACCUGGCCGCGGGCGUGGCCUCCACGCUGACCGACCGCACCUCCCUGGCCAUGGGCACCUACACCUACACCUACACCAGCCGGCCUCGGGCCCUGCCCUGCCAGCGCCGCCGUUACCGGGACCACCUGAUGCAGCUUUUAGAAGCCUUUUCUGUCACUCAGCCUGGGCAGCCUGAUCCUAUAGAGAUUCAGAGACAGCAACAGGCUAAGAGGAGGGCUCUUGCCAAAAAACGAGCUCAAGAACAGUUCAGACCACGAACACCCGAGCCCGUGGAAGGCAGAAAGCACGUGGAUGUGCAGACAGAAAUGUACCUUGAAGAAAUUGCUGACCGCAUAAUAGAAGUUGAUGUGGAAUGCCAAACAGAUGCAUUUUUGGACAGACCACCAACACCACUCUUUAUUCCUGCCAAAACUGGCAAAGAUGUGGCCACCCAAAUACUAGAAGGAGAGCUCUUUGACUUUGAUCUUGAAGUUAAACCAAUGUUAGAAGUCCUGGUGGGAAAGACCAUUGAGCAGUCUCUUUUGGAAGUAAUGGAAGAAGAAGAGUUGGCUAACCUGCGGGCCAGUCAGUAUGCAUACGAAGAGUUACGCAACGUCGAACUUGCUGAAGUCCAGCGACUUGCAGAGCAAGAGAAACGACACAGAGAGGAAAAAGAGCGCCGGAAGCGACAGCAGUGGGAGGUGGUGUACAAACACAGCGAGACGGCGCAGAAAGUGGCGGCGCGCGUGUUCGCCCAGCGGUACCUGGCCGACCUUCUCCCCUCGGUGUUCGACAGCCUCCGGGACGGCGGCUACUUCUACGACCCCAUUGAAAGAGAUAUUGAAAUAGGAUUCCUUCCAUGGCUAAUGAAUGAAGUUGACAAAACCAUGGAAUACAGUAUGGUGGGAAGAACAGUGCUUGACAUGUUGAUUCGUGAGGUGGUUGAGAAGAGACUGGCUGCGUAUGAGCAGAGGGACGACCAGCCCCCGGCCGGGAAGCCUAAGGACGAGCUCGGGGGGUCCGGGAGGACGACAGAACCACCAGUGGGUUAUGAACUCCAGGAACAAAGCACAGCACAGCCACAGAGGCCACUUCUGGGAAGAGACUCCCUGCAAAGAACACCAGAUGAUGGAAGGUAUAUGGAGAGUGUGUUAGCCCAAGAAACGAAGCUCAUGGAAGAAGGAGAGUAUGAGCAAACAAAAAUAAGGAAAACCUCGGGGACAGAAGUGCUACAACCAAGGGCAGACUUCCAGCCAUGAAACCAAUCAACGGCCAGUCAGCAUUGCAAGCAAUCAGGUAAUGGUGCGCAGGCCCCCUCAGGUUAUGGAAAUUAUGUUGCAUUUACUCAACAUGUCUUUUUGUCUACUGGAUUGGACAAAUCAAAUAUGUUGAAAUAAUAAAACUAAUUAAAAUGAAA